UAUACUUACUAGGUUGGAAAUGGAAGGCAGAAAUAUAGGUGAUGAAGGUGCCAAUUAUCUUAGUGAAGCAUUGAAAAGUGAGAAUUUUAAACUUAUUAAAUUGCACAUAACGGGUAAUAAACUAGGUGAUGAAGGUGCUAAAUAUCUUUGUGAAGCAUUAAAAAGUGAGAAUUGUAAACUUACUGAGUUGCAUAUAACGGGUAACAAACUAAAUGAUCAAGGUGCUAAAUAUCUUUGUGAAGCAUUGAAAAGUGAGAAUUGUAAACUUACUGAAUUGCAUAUAACGGGUAACAAACUAGGUGAUGAGGGUGCUAAAUAUCUUAGUGAAACUUUAAAAAGUAAGAAUUGUAAACUUACUGCAUUGAAUCUUGAUUAUAACGAAAUAGGUUAUGAAGGUGCUAAAUAUCUUAGUGAAGCAUUGAAAAGUAAGAAUUGUAGACUUACUAAAUUGUAUCUUAAUGGUAAAGAUAUAAGUGAUGAAGGUUUUAAAUAUCUUAGUUAAGCAUUGGAAAGUGAGAAGUGUGAACUGUUAUUGAACUGUACUUUGACACAGAUUUGAGCUCAAAAGUAAGUGAGAAAUUUAUACAUCUUGGGAUUUACUUUUUACAUAAAAGUUUCUUAAUUUAAAAACAAUUUUGGAAUAUGUGUACUUAGCUUCAUGUUCGUUCAUUGUAUUGAGUAAAAGUAUAGUUUGAUUUGUAAACAUAUAUCGUUAAUUUAUUUGUUUUUUUUUCAAUAUAGUUCAAUGGUCUAAUUGUUUUGUUAACCUUA